CUCUCUCGACGGCGACGUUCAGGUCUGCAAAGCAAUUAAGCAGACAGGGGAAGAGGCAAGCAAGCAAACAAGCAAGUAAGCCAACAAAGAAACAUGACGACGCAGCAGAAAACUCUCUUCCUCAUCGGACCGGGCUUCAUCGGCGGGACGCUGUUGCAGCACCUGAAGCAGCGCCGGCCCGAUCUCAAGCUGACUGCUCUCACGCGCCGUGAGGAGCAGGCAAAGGAGCUGCAGGACCUUGGCAUUGAGCCUAUAAAGGGAGGGCUCGAUGAUGCAUCAAUCAUCAAAGAGCACGCCAGCAAGGCUGACAUCGUCAUCCACGUGGCCACUGCCGACCACCUCGAGAGCGCACUGGCCGUCGUCGACGGCAUCAAGUCACGGGCUGACAAGAGCAAAAAGGUCGUCUACAUCCACACCUCGGGCAACAAUGAGCUGGCGCAGGCGGCAAAGGGACUUGAGAAGGCCUCCGUCGAGGACAAGAUUCUCUCUGACAGCCAGGGCGACGAAGCGAUUGAGAAGCGGCUUGCUUCCGAUGCGCCUCAUCGCCAAGUCGAUGGGCCGCUCCGCGAGCAGCUCUUCAAUGACGCUGCGGAAAAAGCCAACAACGCUAGCACGACGGUCAUGAUGCCUCCUCUCGUCUACGGCAUCGGUGCAGCGCCGUGGCACCGCAUCAGCAUCCAGGCGCCUAUACUCGCCCGCGCCAUGAUGCAAAAUGGCAACACCAUCGCUCUGGACCGCGCCGUCGCCGAGUACGCCUACUGGGAUGCCGUGUCAGUGCACGAUCUCAGCGAGGCCUUCGUCGUCCUCCUCGCCCAGCUCGAGAAGCACACGCCGGGGGAGUCACAGCCGUCGCACUACUGCUUUCCCGCCGAGCCCGCGCCCUUCCCGUGGGCUGCUCUCUUUGAUGCCAUUUCUUCGCAGCUCCAGAAGCACGCUCACCCCGCUGGCCAGGCCUCGCCGAAGGUCCUCUCUGACAGGGCUGCAUUUGAGGACUUCCUUGGCGGAAAGGAAACCGGUUUCGCGCCUGUAUUUGGCCAGAUAGUCUUUGAGCGAGACAACUGCUACACCCGACCUGACCGUCUUCAUGCGCUCGGAUUCAAGCACAAAGCAAAGGGUGUCGUCGACUCGGUCGUCAACGGCGGCGAGCUCGAGCCCUUGAUCAAGGAGUAGGGCAAGCGUCUUCUUCUGACAGAGCUAAUAGUUUCAAUAAGCGAUCAGUAUGAGGGAAACAGAGUAUGCAUCCCCCAUAGAUACAUCGAUGAUAAAGUAAAGCGACUUCCAAAUUAGCCAGUGAUGGAAUGGUUGAAGAUUGCUGGUGUCUACAGACAUGGAUUGCGCCGUACGUGGUCCAAGCGCUCGCGUUGGCUCGCUCGGGCCACGCGCGUCAAGAAAGC